CCAGUUGGCGAGUUGUGUGUGGAGUCCUUUUAAUGUGUCAGUCCUGCGAAAAGUAGUAGCCAGUAUAAAGUGAUUUUUCUAAAAUGAAUCUCAUUCACUGCAGUGUUUUAUAACCAUAAAUAGCUACAUAAUCGAGCAUAUUGAAGAGAGGUUGGGCUCGUGCAUCGGCGUGCACGCUGUCUUGAAUUGUAAACAGUCCUGUGAGGUGUAGAGGAGCACAGCGCAGCGCAGCGCAGGCUUUACUGAUUAUAUACACACAGUGGCGUUUCUGCCCCCUUUUGGCGUACAUUCGCUAUUCACAGAAAGUUACGCACAGGGGCCGGGGUUUGGCUGCUCUGAUCGGACGGUUCUGGAGACUCUGAAUACGAUUCCGGACACGUAAUUUUCGCGAGAGGAGGAAAAAAAGAUGUUGCUGAAGCUGGGAGGGAUGCGCGCUACGCUGAGUGUGCUGGCGGUCCGGAGGGCGUGCUGCCAGUACCGCUCUGCUCACACAUCACCGCAGGCAGUGGAGUACAAGCCCAUUAAAAAGGUCAUGGUGGCCAACAGAGGAGAGAUCGCUAUCCGCGUGUUCCGGGCGUGUACGGAACUGGGCAUCCGGACAGUGGCCGUGUAUUCAGAGCAGGACAUCGGUCAGAUGCACAGACAGAAAGCAGACGAGGCCUACCUCAUAGGCAGGGGCCUGCCACCUGUCGCUGCGUACCUCCACAUACCUGACAUCAUCAAAGUGGCUAAGGAGAAUGACGUGGAUGCAAUUCACCCUGGUUACGGCUUCCUGUCUGAGCGCUCCGACUUUGCCCAGGCCUGUGCGGAUGCUGGUGUUCGCUUUAUCGGCCCCGCCCCUGAGGUCGUCCGCAAGAUGGGAGACAAAGUGGAGGCUCGCGCCAUCGCUAUCCGUGCUGGUGUACCGGUGGUUCCUGGAACAGACGCUCCUAUCUCCUCUCUGCAGGAGGUGCAGGAGUUCUCCAACACCUACGGAUUCCCCAUCAUCUUUAAGGCCGCGUACGGGGGUGGGGGCCGUGGCAUGCGGGUGGUCCGCGAGUACGAGGAGCUGGAGGAGAACUACCAGCGGGCCUACUCUGAGGCCUUGGCUGCCUUUGGAAAUGGAGCUCUGUUUGUGGAGAAGUUCAUUGAGAAGCCCAGACACAUUGAGGUCCAAAUCCUGGGAGACAAGUACGGCAACGUGAUUCACUUGUACGAGAGAGACUGCUCCAUCCAGAGGAGACACCAGAAGGUGGUGGAGAUUGCCCCAGCAACCCAGUUAGACCCUCACCUCCGGGACAGGCUAACCGCAGACUCCGUCAACCUGGCCAAACUGGUCGGCUAUGAAAAUGCAGGCACGGUCGAGUUCCUGGUGGAUAAGCAUGGAAAACACUACUUCAUUGAGGUCAACUCCCGUCUCCAGGUGGAACACACCGUUACCGAAGAGAUUACAGAUGUGGACCUGGUGCACGCUCAGCUGCGGGUGUGCGAGGGCCGCAGUCUGCCUGAGCUGGGUCUGAAGCAGGAUAAGAUCCGGAUCAACGGAUAUGCCAUCCAGUGCCGAGUGACCACGGAAGACCCUGCGCGCGGCUUCCAGCCGGACACCGGCCGCUUGGAGGUGUUCCGCAGUGGUGAAGGCAUGGGCAUUCGACUGGACAGUGCCUCAGCCUUUCAGGGCGCCGUCAUCUCCCCUCAUUACGACUCUCUCCUCGUUAAAGUCAUCUCCAGCGGCAAGGACCUCCCUGCCGCCGCCGCCAAGAUGAGCCGAGCCCUGGCAGAGUUCCGGGUGCGCGGGGUCAAGACGAAUAUCCCGUUCCUUCAGAAUGUGCUGAGCAAUGACCAGUUCCUGUUUGGCACGGUGGACACACAGUUCAUCGAUGAGAAUCCAGACCUGUUCAACCUCAAACCCGUCCAGAAUCGAGCCCAGAAACUCCUCCAUUACCUGGGUCAUGUUUUGGUGAACGGCCCUACUACUCCCAUCCCUGUCAAGGCUAAGCCUUCGUCCAUUGAUCCGGUCGUCCCCACAGUAGCUCUCGGUGACCCUCCUGCAGGAUUUAGAGAUGUGUUGCUGAGGGAGGGUCCCGAAGGCUUUGCUAAAGCAGUGCGGGCCCACCAAGGCUUACUCCUGAUGGACACCACCUUCAGAGAUGCCCACCAGUCUCUCCUGGCCACCAGAGUUCGCACCCAUGACCUGAAGAAAAUCGCCCCCUUCGUGGCCCACAACUUCAGCAACCUCUUCAGCAUGGAAAACUGGGGAGGCGCUACAUUUGAUGUGGCGAUGCGUUUCCUGUGCGAGUGUCCGUGGAAGAGGCUGCAGGAGCUCAGGUCUCUGUUACCCAACGUGCCUUUCCAGAUGCUUCUGAGAGGAGCCAAUGCUGUAGGAUACACCAACUACCCGGACAAUGCUGUGUACAAGUUCUGUGAGGUGGCCAAAGAGAACGGGAUGGAUAUCUUCCGGGUCUUCGACUCUCUGAAUUACCUCCCCAACAUGCUGCUGGGUAUGGAGGCAGCGGGUGCAGCAGGAGGGGUGGUGGAGGCGGCCAUCUCGUACACAGGAGACGUGUCUGAUCCCAUGAGACAGAAAUACUCACUGGACUACUACCUGAAACUGGCUGACGAGCUGGUGAAAGCUGGAACGCACAUACUGUGCAUCAAGGACAUGGCAGGGCUGCUGAAACCGGAGGCCAGUCGUUUGCUGAUCGGUUCUCUGAGGGACCGUUUUCCUGACAUGCCCAUUCACGUGCACACUCACGACACAGCAGGAGCUGGAGUGGCUGCCAUGCUGGCGUGUGCUGAAGCCGGAGCGGACAUAGUGGACGUUGCAGUGGACUCUAUGGCCGGCAUGACCUCACAGCCCAGCAUGGGGGCUAUAGUAGCCUGCACUAAGGGAACCAAGCAUAAUACAGGUCUCUCUCUGGAGAAGGUGUUUGACUACAGUGAGUACUGGGAAGUGACCCGUGGCUUGUAUGCUCCGUUUGACUGCACGGCCACCAUGAAAUCUGGAAACGCUGACGUCUACGAGAAUGAAAUCCCAGGUGGUCAGUACACCAACCUGCACUUCCAGGCUCACAGCAUGGGCCUCGGCAACAAGUUCAAGGAGGUGAAGAAGGCCUACGUCGAAGCCAACAAACUUCUGGGAGACCUUAUCAAAGUGACCCCGUCCUCAAAGAUCGUAGGAGACCUGGCGCAGUUCAUGGUGCAGAACUCGCUAACCCGUGCCGAGGUGGAGGAGCGGGCAGACGAGCUCUCCUUCCCUCUCUCAGUGGUGGAGUUCCUGCAGGGCCACGUCGGCAUCCCACAUGGUGGCUUUCCCGAGCCCUUUAGGUCAAAGGUACUGAAGUCUCUUCCUCGUAUAGAGGGACGUCCCGGUGCCUCGCUGCCCCCUAUGGACUUCCAGGCUUUGGAGAAGCAGCUGCGUGAUACGCACGGAGACGACAUCACUCCAGAGGAUGUGAUGUCGGCUGCCAUGUACCCAAAGGUGUUCCAGGAGUUUAAGGAAUUCACCACUGCAUUCGGUCCAGUUGACUGUCUCAACACUCGCCUCUUCCUGGAUGGGCCCAAAAUUGCAGAGGAGUUUGAGGUUGAGCUGGAGAGAGGGAAAACACUCCAUAUAAAAGCUCUGGCUCUGGGGGAUCUGAACAAAGCAGGACAGAGAGAGGUUUUCUUUGAGCUCAAUGGUCAGCUGAGAUCUGUCCUCGUCAAAGACACCGUGGCAAUGAAGGAGAUGCACUUCCAUCCAAAGGCUCUGAAGGAUGUGCGGGGGCAGGUGGGUGCACCGAUGCCUGGGAAGGUAGUGGAGGUGAAGGUGAAGGAGGGCCAGAAGGUGGAGAAGGGCCAGCCUCUGUGUGUGCUGAGCGCCAUGAAGAUGGAGACGGUGGUCAACUCACCGCUGUCCGGCACCGUGGCCAAAGUGUACGUGAAUGCUGACAGCAGCCUGGAGGGAGAUGACCUGAUCCUGGAGAUUACAGAGUAGAGACACAGCCUGAGGGAUCCAAAUGUUAACCUGACAUUAACGGCAUCAGCCCCUGCAAGCACAGAGCACACACACACACAUACAUAAAAGCACACAGAGUGCAAGCACAUUCAGCAGUACUACACACAAUCAGAGACAUACACAUAUGAUUAUUAGAACAGAGAAGGCGGGAGAAAAGGCCUAUUUUUGGAGGAGAAAAGUCGCAAAUUAUCUAAACAGUCACUGCCUAAUGUAUCUGGAAAUGGGUGUUUGUGCUUCGGGUGCGCAAGAGUUCGUUUCGCGUUGUCUGCACUCAUCUGAUAUAAUCAUCUGUCAUUUGUAAUGAUAAUCACUAGAGGUAAUCAUCCAUGAGCUGGAAAGUAGUUACAUUAACGUUGAGUGAGUGUUCUAUUAAUGUUUAUGUCAGUCGUCUAACUAGAUACAUGAAUGUAGUGGUGAAGAGAUUUAUUAUGGAGAAUAAAAAAAAAAACAAGCAAUAAUUAACAGAUGUGUAAUUACAUGUAAGCCUAGUUUUGCACAAAAAGAAAUAGAACAUAGAUCUUAAUUAACAAAAAAAAUUAAAGCACAAGAUCUUAUGUCUAGUGGUCAUAUCAUUUUUAUUACUAUUAUUAACCUCUUCUACUCUCCCUCACAGCUAUCUAACCCCCUUUCUUUUCUUUUUCUUUUAACUUUCAGCAGAUUUAGGACCGUGCACUUUCAUGUAAGGGUGAAAGUUCAUGAUGUUUCUCUUUAUCACAGGGUAGCACUAACUUGAAUUGACCAAUACUGCAACAUUUAAGAAACAAAAAACAAACAAAAAAAACUCACACUGCCACAGUCGCCCAGUAACAGGACCAACCGCCUCGUUAGCAUUAACCUGAUUAGCCUGACACUUGCUGUAUGGUCUCUUGGCGUGCAUUAAGCAGGCAGAGCUGCUAAAAUACAGGCUCCCUCGCUGAGGCGGUCCUGGCCAAGCUCCAGCAAUCAUCAAUCCAACGAGGACUGAUGAUUAGAUGUGUUCUGGAGCGCCUGCUGCAGAGCCUGUCUCCAAGCUCAUGCAGUCAGAGCACAUCGACAGAGGGAACCCUUCUCCUCAACGGGAAUGUGAUGUGAUGUAACGUAUCGCGCCACACCACUCUCUUUACAUUCCACCUGGUAAUAAAAGGUAAAAAGUUGUAAUUGUAAUAAUAAUAAAUAAGUAAACACACCAAGCCUUGGAUCAUUGCCCAGAGAGCCUCGUUCUGUUGCUAUCUUUUAUUCUCCUUCGCUCGAUAGAGAGCACGACACUGGAACUUUUUCUCGCUUAAGAGUUAUGUUUUGUAGCUGCGAAUCAAACAUAAGUGAUCUGUAAAAGCAGGCUGUUGAAAGCACUACGCGCACUACACUGGAAUGACAGCGUAUCGAUAAUCCAUUAGGCCGCAUCCGGGCUGAUACAGCUGCAGAACGUCGACGUUGCUAAUUCAGGCGGCUAACAGAUUGGAUAACUGCUUUUAUCUUCUAACCUCUUAUCAUGAAACAUCUCCAACCAAUAACGUCAGCCAAGUCAGGUGGAACUGUGUUGAUUUAAGCCCAGCUCCACAAACUGGAAACGGAUGCAGUAGCAGAAGUGUAGACGUUGGGGUUAUGCUCUGUGUUUACUGUGCAUUAGUGGGUGUUAAACUGGAUUCACUGACUCACUCAAAUAACGGCUACUGGAACAGAAGCACAGCGGUCAUUCUACUAAUAGCUUAGUGUGAAACUCAUUGAACCAAGCACAUUCAUGUUGACAUGUCCGCUUUAUUAAGCCUUUAUUAAACCUUGUUUAACUCCGGAGUUGGUGGAUACAUUUUAGGGCUGCACAAUAUAUCGAUUUAGCAUAUUGCACUGUGGGCAAGCACACAUUAUUCACAUCUGACUUGUGACUUUUGGUACGAUGACCUGUAUUUUUACACAGUCCAGUCAGAAUAUUAUGAUGUAUUCUUACACUUGCUUUUACAGUCCAUUUUUCUGUAAUUACAGACUGUAGUCAUGUAUGUUUCUCUGCAUACUUUCUUAUCCUUCUUUCACCCUGUUCUUCAGUGUUCAGAACCCCACAGGAACAGUAGGAAUUGUUUGGGUGGGGAAUCAUUCUCAGUACUGCAGUGAUACUGGCAUGGUUGUGCUGUGUAAGUGUGUUGCGCUGAUACAAGACUCUAUAUCAAACACAGCAGUGCUGCUGAAGUUUUUAACACUUCAGUGUCACUGCUUAAAAUGAGAAUGGUCCAACAGUAUCCUGUAACUACUGAUGCAAGAUUAGAGAAUGACCAUCACACAGUGUAAUAACAGAUGGGCUUCUGUCUCUGUCUCAACAAUCUGACAUCUACAAGGUGAAGCAUCUAGCUAGGAGUGUAUGUAGUGUGGCCAGUUAAAAAAAUCCAGCAGAAAAGGGUGAAAGGGGGAUAAUAAUAAAAUAUGCAAUGAAAAAGAUGUACAUAUGUCUGUAAUUAGAACUACAAAAUGCUCCUAUCUAUGAACAUUAGAGCUGAAAAAAUGUACAGACUAAAAACAAGGAGAUUGUUAUAAUAUUCUAACUGGACUGUACUGUGUAUUUUCACAAUAUAUUGCAGUAUCAGUUGUUUUCCAGUAUUGUGCAGCCAUAAUACAUUCUACUUGUUUCAUCACAAUGCGCACAAAAAGAUUUGAAGGAAGGGAAGUCAAACUUCUUUGUUAUUUGUUUUCAUGUUCUGUUGGGAUGUGAAUUGGUGUGGGGAUUUAAACCUUUCUCUAAAACUCUUAAAAUCUCUAUGUAUUCACUUGUGACUAUAACACUCACCAGUAUUCGGGUCUUCAUGGUGUCGUUCAGUGUUCAUGUGCCCACACUUCUGAGUUGAAUAAGUCCAGGCUUUUCUAAAUGCCGGCACUAGAAAUACAGAAAUACAGAGUCAGUCUCCCAGGUGAUAUGUGAACUUUACUUGGCAUUGUAAGUAAAAGGUCUUUACAUACUGAACAAUAUGGCUAUUUCAAGUGUUGUCUUUUCUUCCUUUUUUUUUUUUAAUCCUGUUUUCAAAUUCAUGAACUUGUUUGAGCUGAAAUGCAGAGCGCUACAGUUUAGAAACUUAUGCAUUAAUAAUUGGGAUCAUGCUGGAGGGGAGUGGAAAUAAUCAUACAGGCUUGCUGGAGAUGAUAGUGUUUUGUUAUCUUAUCUUUUCAUUGCAUUCUUUCUUUUCUGUGAAGUUUUUCUCUUUUCAUAUGUUUUGAUAACGAGAACUGUACUGUGUGAGUUAGUUAGAAGACAUGCGUAUACUAAUUCACCAUAACCUUGUGCUCUUUUAUCAUUGGAAACAGAAAAUGAAAGCGAAAUAAAGAGAAGGAUAACAGA